GCUUCUCUGCGCAAAUGAGGCCUUGGCCAUUCCUUAUAUCAGUCCAAUGUUGGCUGAAAGUUUAGGAAAUUUACCACCUAUUUUAUGUCAAGCAGGUGGCGAAGAAAGGCUUCGGGAUUCAAUAGUUCUAUUUGGUUUUAAGGCUUCCGAUCCAAGCAAGCACCAAGUGCCCAAAUACGCUACGGAGAAUUUUGCCAAAUCUUCGUACAAGAAGCCCACAAAAGUCACACUCGAAGUCUAUGAUGACGCAUGCCACUGUUUUUUCAUUUUUCCAACUGAAAAAAUUAGCCAGUAUGCGCUAAACAGAGUUUAUGAUUUCAUUAAGCUUCAUGCAGCUGACGAUGCUAACAGAUCAGAAAAUGACGCUACUUAUGAAAACGGGAAAACUCUUAAUGCAGUCGCAAUUAACCCUAACUGUGAAAUUAGAGAGUUGGAUGGGAAAUAUUUGGAAUGCCUAAAGUAUGAGAACAUUGGAGUUUUGCCGGACGUGAAUGAAUCUGAUUAUGUUGAUAACGUUUAG